UCUCACACAAAGAAGACCGUUUUCAUUGUUAUUUCUUGUCGAAAAAUACAACUUGGCAUUUAUUCCACCAUUAUUUGACACAGAUUGUAGAAACACAAAGAAAAAUGUAAAUAAUCACAAUUCUACCCCUCUUUUUCCAGAUAGAUAGAUAGAUAGAUGCGACAUUCUUUAUGUUGUGACAUUCUUUAUCCAACAGGUGGCGCUCGUGCCUUCAUGAAUAGGCAGAAAUAAUUGCAUUUUUUCUUUUUUAGAGGAAUAGACCGGAAUUCAUUUUACAGAUACUGUCAUCUUUACUAAAGUGAUGCUGUAGAGCCGCAGCUGCGCCCAGGACGCAUCGAUGUUUGGACACUGUUCCUGCUCUUCAGCUGCUUUUCACUCUGUGACGGGGUGUGGAGGGGGGGUUUCAGCCUCCGCCCGCCUCGUUGCCCCGGAAAGGUGGUCAGGCUGAGGUGAACGACGGACCACCAGAGGGGUAAUUCCGACCCAACUGCCACAGAGGGGCGAUGGCCGCCGGGGGAGGAUGCGCGCGCUCGAUGGAUCAGUACCGGGCCGAGGUGGAGAGGCUUAUGCAGGAGCUGGCCGAGGCGAACCGGGAGAAGAUCCGCGCGGCGGAGUGCGGUCUGGCCGUCCUGGAGGAGAACCAGACGCUGAAGCAGAAACACGCGGAGCUCGAGACGGAGCAGGAGAGCCUCAGGAAGGAGCUGGAGCAGCUGCAGGAGGCGUUUGGCCAAGCGUACAGCAACCAGCGUAAAGUGGCUGAAGAUGGAGAGACCAUCGAGGAGACGCUGCUGCAGGAGUCAGCCUCCAAAGAGGCCUACUACAUGGGCCGCUUGCUGGAGCUGCAGACGGAGGUGACGUUAAGUCGCUCAGUGGUGUCCAACGCUCAGGCGGAGAGCGAGAGGCUCAACGCUCUGCUGCAGGAGCUGCAGGAGAGCAAUGAGAUUCUGGAGCUGCAGCGGAGCAGGAUGAGGGAGGAGAUCAAGGAGUACAAAUUCCGAGAGACCCGGCUGCUUCAGGACUACACGGAGCUGGAGGAGGAGAACAUCACGCUGCAGAAGCUGGUGUCCACGCUCAAACAGAGCCAGGUUGAGUACGAAGGACUAAAACAUGAAAUCAAGGUCCUGGAGGAGGAGACGGUCCUGCUCAACAGCCAGCUGGAAGAUGCUCUGCGCCUGAAGGAGAUCUCGGAGAGCCAGCUGGAAGAAGCGCUGGACGCCCUGAAGAGCGAGCGCGAGCAGAAGAACAACCUGAGGAAGGAGCUGGCCCACCACAUCAGCCUGACGGACAACGUUUACGGAGCGGGGGCCCACCUGGCCCUCACCGUCACCGGCGUCGAGGGCCUCAAGUUCCCAGAAGAGCCCAACGCCGCAAACAGCGGCCACCCCGCAGCCAACGGCAACAUGGAGGACAGCAACCGCUGCAACGGUCACCUCCACGGCAACGCUGGCCUGACGAAAAUGAACGGCGACUACCGGGCGGGCCGGAAAGGGGAGGGGCUCGUGCCCGACCUGUUCAGCGAGCUCAAUCUGUCGGAGAUGCAGAAGCUGAAACAGCAGAUGCUGCAGGUGGAACGUGAAAAAGCGGCGCUGCUCAUGAACCUGCAGGAGUCGCAGACCCAGCUCCAGCACACGCAGGGAGCCCUGAGCGAGCAGAGCGAGCGCCUCCAUCGCCUCACGGAGCGCGUCAACGCCAUGAAGCGUCUGAACGGAGACAAAGAGCUGGACGACCCACAGGAGAGCGAGAAACCCGACGGAGGCUCACUGCUGUCGUCGGCUAACAGCCACGCAGACCAGGACAGCCAAGGCUUUGAGAUUCUGGAGUGUAAGUACAAAGUGGCGGUUACGGAGGUUAUCGACCUGAAGGCGGAGCUUAAGGCCCUGAAGGAAAAGCACAAUCAAGCAGUGGAGGGACAAGGAGACAGCAACACUGAUGACCGGGUCCAGGCGCUGACUGAACAGAUAUCGCAGUUGGAGCGAAAGUACCAUGAGAGCCAGGAAAGGGCGGCGAGCCUAGAGGCGGAGCUCCGAGCGACAGCAGCCACUGCCACGGAGAGCCAGGGCAUGCUGAACGCGGCUCAGGAUGAGCUGGUGACGUUCAGCGAGGAGCUGGCCCAGCUGUACCACCACGUCUGUCUCUGCAACAACGAGACCCCUAACCGCGUCAUGCUGGACUACUACCGCCAGAGCCGCAUCACACGCGGCGGCAGCCUCAAAGGCCCCGAGGAUCCUCGCGCUCUGCUGUCCCCCCGCCUGGCACGGCGGCUCGCCGCGGCCUCUGCCGCCUGCUCCCCUGAUGCCCCACGGAGUCCCAUGGACUCCCCAUCCAAAGACAUUCACCAAAGCGAGGCGACCGCCAACGCAGUCGACUCGUCUUCAUGCCAUGGCAGCCCCAACAGGAGCGCCACCGGCUCUCCUGUCAUCACCAUCUUCCCCUGUCCGUCACCCGUGUCCUCAGAGGCAGGCGGAGACCUGCGGAAGGAGCCCAUGAACAUUUACAACCUGAAUGUCAUCAUUCGAGACCAGAUCAAACAUCUCCAGAGGGCCGUAGACCGCUCGCUGCAGCUGUCCAGGCAGAGAGCUGCAGCCAGGGAGCUGGCUCCCAUGCUGGACAGAGACAAAGAGUCCUGCAUGGAGGACAUCCUCAAGCUCAAGUCCCUGCUCAGCACCAAGAGGGAGCAGAUAGCCACUCUCAGGCUGGUGCUCAAAGCCAACAAACAGACAGCAGAAAACGCUCUGGCCAACCUGAAGAGCAAGUAUGAGAAUGAAAAGGCCAUGGUGACAGAGACCAUGAUGAAGCUGAGGAACGAGCUGAAGGCCCUCAAAGAGGAUGCAGCCACCUUCUCCUCGCUCAGGGCCAUGUUUGCCACGAGGUGUGACGAAUACGUGACGCAGCUGGACGAGAUGCAGCGGCAGCUGGCAGCGGCGGAGGACGAGAAGAAGACGCUGAAUUCCCUCCUGCGCAUGGCCAUCCAGCAGAAGCUGGCCUUGACGCAGCGCCUGGAGGAUCUGGAGUUUGACCACGAGCAGACUCACCGCGGCCGCGGAGCCAAAGUGCCCAAGAUCAAAAGCAGCCCACCCAAAUUUCUUGUAGAUUGUCAGCAGCCUGCUGCCUCAGUACCGUCACUCUCCUCACAAGUGAGGCGAGGGAGAGCUUCUGUAGUCCGCAGUCGUAAACAUACGAUGGACCUCCAGGAAGCGGCCCUUCGCAGCAGUUGCAGCCUUCUGUCCCCCUGUGACCCUGGCAACUGCCUGGCCCACCAGCCUCACCCCCCCGGGUCCUAACCCAGCCGCUCCAGGCCGGACCCCGGGACUUGUACCAAGACUCACUGGAUGGGUCUCACCUCACCCCAGCACCCCAACCCGGUGCUCCCGCUGCUCCCUGGACUCCGAGGACCGGCGCCGCCUGGUUACCCGGGUCACAGAGGAGGGGCAAAUGGUUCUCGCCUUCUUUGAAAGUGGCGUGACAGCAAAAAGCAGCAAAGGAGCGAGCAGAGGACUAAAUCAUCGCUCUAACUUAAAGUUUUAUUUAUUAUUAAUUUAUCAUUGUUGGUUAUUUAUCUCACAGUUUGUAAUCAUCAUAACGGGUUUUUUUGUGUCUUUUUGCCAUAAAUCCAAGCUUUGUUUGCUGCUGUGGUCAAGAUGAAUGCAUUUGUUCAGAGGAAGAAACAAAAAACUCCCAAAACACCAAACUAAAAACAUUUGAUUUUUUUUAACCAUCCAAAAGAAACCAUCGAUGGAGUUUUUGCAGGGUUGUGUUUGACUUUGUAAAACAAACUAACGCGGUGAAAUAUUUUAGAGCCACUUUUUGUUUGUUGUGGUGGCUGAAUUUCAACUACCUUUGUUAAGUCUGGAGUAACUUUGGAUGCUUUUUCUGCAUCUAGUGCAUGAAAAGGAAUUUCUACUGAUUUUUGUUGGGUUUUUUUUAAAAGCUGAAUGGGAUCAUAUUUGUUUGUCUGCAGCGUAGGAGAUUGAGAUCAGUACUAAUUCUGAUGGUAUUUAUUUUUUCUUUUGCCUUUGAAUUGCACUGGUUUAAAUGCCCACCCAGAAUUUAACACAAGUCAAAAAGUAAGUGUGGAGUUAUUGUCAUAUCAUUGUUGUUGUUUUUCAUUGUCUGUGUUGGCAGAAUCCCAGAAAAUCCCUGGCCAGAUUUUCUGAGCGACAUGUCACUGGAAAGGACAUUUUUGGUUUCCCAAACUGCACUUUUCUGUGAUCGUGACAUUUUGCUCGCCCAUAACCAGAAUGCAGUUCUGUACAAGCACAAUUAUGUACCACACACAUCACAGCAAUACAGCUGCAUAGGUCAGAAAGUGUCCGCACGAAUCAGUUAUUAGCGAGAAUUAACCAGCAAGAAAGAUUUUUUUUUAAAGAAAGUAGGAUGGAGUCAAAUCUUUUUCCUGGGACAAAAUAUUGUUUCAUUUUGAAACUUUGCAUUUUCCCACAAUUCUUUACCUGUCUAGAUAUUGUACACCUUAAAUUCUCCUUUUGUGCAGUCAUAGUUUUGCACAUAUAGCCAUGCAGCAUAAACCACAUAGCCAGUAUUGUUGUAAUGACAGCAUUUCUUUGACGAUGUACACUUUGUGUUACCAGUGUAGCCUCUUACUUUUGCAACUGUAGAGUGAUGUAGACUUGUGAGUCUCCUCUGAACCACCUCUCUGGACACUUUGUUUGCACAGCACUGAUGUGGACUCAGAGAGGAAUGAGAGCCGAAUGCUGUUCUACUGUAGGUUUUACACUCUGUCUACCAUUGAAAGCAGUGUUACGAUGAACUCACAAGAAAAUAAGACCUGUCUUUUGUUCCUGUUUGCUGUUUAAAUUCCAAAAUAAUAAAUUAACAGAAAAAAAAUGCAUUUGCUGAAACUGUGAAGAACCACUGAACAACGACUGCAACGCAAACAAAUCAUAGAACGCAGGUGUGAGGAAAUAAAGCUAGGAAUUAUUAGGAAAUAUAGCUUUCUGCUCCAAAAUAGAUGCAGCAACACUUGAAGUUUAAGAUGCGAGCAGCGUUGUAUGGCCCACAGCCGCUAACUGCCCUUGCUGCUGCUCCCAUUGCCCCUUUUUGCCUGCCCUCACUGGCUGCUGUACGCCCCUCACUCACCCCCUCCCAUCUGCCGUCCUCCUCUGAUCUGUAAAUGAAUGAAAAAGCACUUUUUCCAAAAUGUGUUUAUUUCCAUAGCGAUCAGUAUAUUUUUUGGUCGCCUGGGGGAGACGAAUGUCCUUUCUAGACAAGUAAAGAUUUGAAUUUCUUUCCUAAAAUGGUCAUAUUCUAUGUUGUAUCCUUUGGGUCAGCUUGAGCCAGUGUAUUACAUUUUCACAGUAAUGCCAAUGAAAAAUGUGCGAACAAUAGAUAAAUGUCCCGUUUGCGUGUUCGCCACGCUAACGCCGCUCAAAAUCCACAAACUUUAUUUCUGAUAAUUUUUCCCAAGUAGCUUCCAAAUUAUUCUAUAUUCAUGCAAUACCUAGGAGUUUAAAUCUGUAGCUGGUAAUAACUUUUUGGAAAACUCAAAAUGGCAGCAUUCUCCCAGGUCUCCCAAGGUCAAAGGUCAAUGACACUUCAGCCGUUGUUGUAGACUGUUGGUGUGUGUGUGGAACUCUGUGAAAAUCGCUUCAACAAGUUAUUUAUUUAUUUAUUUUCAGAAAAGGGGGAAAUGUGAAGAUUGCCUAAUUUCACACUUUGCCACAAAGCGGCUGCCAAUCUGUAGGUCCCGUGGCCAUCCCAUAAUAAUAUCAGAUCUUCCUGUAGGCAUCUCAGUGUGUGUUUUGGGUUCAUUGGUGGAUUUUGAAAUAUUUUUUCUGAGAGAUUUCGGCCACAUUCUUUUCUUCUUCAUUCUUUGACGGCUUCUCCUGCUGUGACGUCAUCUUUUGGCUACUAUGCAUGCAGAUUCUGGUGAUUUUCUCAGUAUGAGGAGGGAGGAAGAAUCGCUAAAAUAAUCUGGUCCUUGCCAUCGGUGCAGAACUGUCCAGUUUCCGUUUUUGUAGGUCGGAGUUCUGAUUAUUCCUUCUUUUCAUUAAAACGUGUUUGUAAAUAAAGUUUGACCCUGAAUAACCCACUGGGCCAAAUUUGA